UAUGGCGGAUAUCACAUAGCCCUAACGUUAAUCGGUGCUUCGAAUUUAUAUUUUAGAAAUAAUUGAUCUUCACAAUGACAUUGCUGUCGAUUUUCGAGGAAAACUGGAAGGUAUAGAAAAGGGGAAUGAUUAUAGCACUUUAAAAUGCUGGGUGGCACGUAUUCUAAAAAAUUCCAGCAUAUAGAAAAAGAGCACAUAGAUCACCUGAAGAAAGAAAUCUAUGGGGAACGCCAUGAAGUCAUCUCCAAGACCAAGAAACUUUCAUUGGAAACUAACAAGAGAAGAAAAGCUCUUGCUGCUAAGAAAAAACUUGAAGCACAGAAGGAAGAAAAAAGGAGACAAGAAAUCUUAGCCAAAAGGAGAGAAAAACAACAGGAGGCCACUGAAAGAUUUCAGAGAAAUAACAGAACAAGGACAGGAUCAUAUAGCAGCCCAAGACAUCAGUUCAGCCCGAACCACACAACCCCAGCUUUGGAAGAGGCUCUGAGGGCAGUGAGGAAUAGUCCAAACCACUACCGCAGCAGUAGCUAUGAUAACUAUGUAGCAACAAACAAUGCCCCUCAGAGUGGGUUCAGAACAGUGUCAGCAAGGCAGCCAUUUCACCUACAUGGUGGGUAUACGGGUAGCAGUUACGGACGGCGAGAUGGAAAUCACGGACAAGAUAAUCAGCAUGACUCUUAUGUGGAGUAUAACUCAAAAGAGACACCCUUACAGGAAUCUUUAAACAAGCCAUACCCAAAUAAAUACGGGGUGCCACCUGCAACACGGGUGUACGAACAUGCACGUGAGGUGAAAAAGGCAACAGCUCUUCACAACAAAAGUUUAAGGAAUCUGAACAAUAGUAAAAGUCUGUUUGAGCAACAGUUAGAAGAGCAGCAACGAAAGCUGCAUGAGCAGCAGCAAAGGACAUUAAAGGAUUUCAACGUUGAGAUUCUCAGAGAGAUCAAUAGGGAAAUUGAUAGUGAAGAGGGCAAUGAGGCAGAGAGGAGGAGCAGUGUGUCAAGUGCUGACAGUCUAGAAGCACACAACAAUCAGGGCUAUCAGUCUUACGGGGCAGAUAAAAAACAGGACAGUUACUCACAGCAGGUUACGUACAAUGGGACCACUUCUCAAAAGGUGCCUGCCACAAAAAAUGGUGCAUUCGUGACAGAAAUACAGUCUAAUUUUGAUGUGGCUGGCACAUCAACACCACCAGGCUUACAAAACCAUCUGCAUGGCACAAAUGCAAACGAUGUAACUCUAGAGGAUGCAAAUGAGAGUGUGCCCGACUCGUUGGAAGAGAUCAAUCCACAUACAUUAGAAAUAACAACGCGGAUGGGUUUCAGUAAUGGCAAAUCAAAUCACACUCAAAACCAGUCAGCUGUGAGGCAGUAUCAGCAUUCUGCAUCUACAAAACCAACUGGAUACAGCCCUACUACUACAAACACUGGUGUUUACUCACAGUCUAGUAACCAAGGCAGAGUUGGGACAGAAAUAAAUUCACAGCCCAACCUAGGCAGAGUUGGCACAGAAAUAAAUUCACAGCCCAACCUAGGCAGAGUUGGGGCAGACUAUUCUCAGCCCAAUCAAGGCAGAAGUGGGCCUGAGACAUACGCUCAGCCUAGCCAAAGCAGGACUGUGGGUGGGGUUGAUGUAUUUAGACACACGCAGUUUAAUACUUAUACACAAAGUCAUGCUCAGGAUCAGCUGGUGAAUAGACAAGAUGCAAAAUCUAUUACCACUGAUAACAAUAUGUACAAAUCAAAUAACGUGAGCAGUACAAGUACAGUUAAUAGAGGUCUCAGUUCAGGUUCACAACCCCAAAGUGGCAUUCAGCCAAAGAGGGCUACAGACCAGGAUACUGGUGUUCAUAGUGAUAAUAACAAUAAGGAUCAACAGCCAUAUACGUCUUCUUAUUCUGGCAGGACUGAGACAAUAUCUAAUGGACCGUCUUAUCCAUCUUAUGCUGAAACAGCAAAUUAUGUUAAAGAACUCCAGGCUGAGAGGUAUAGGACUAGUGCAUUUAAUAUUCAUACUAAAGCUUGGGGGACUCCCUCUCCUUCUCCUGCUGAUACAGGGGAUGGUCAUGGACAGCCAGAGGGGGCUGCACCCCAGCCUCAACCCCCUUUAGAUACAAAACAGCAGCAGCAGCAACAGGGCAGAUACACUCGGCCCUACAGCUCUAAGACAGCAGCAACUAGUAUAACUAGUGCUUAUAUGAAUCCAUCUAUGGGGGUCGGUCCUAGUGCGGUUGCCUCGCCUUCCUCCCACCCAGCUGUGAGUGCAGUCUACAGAGACGUUCCACAACCUUCCAGGCAAGAACGCACUGUAGAUGGUGCCAGGGAUCAGGAUUUGAAUCAGAUUCCCGGAGGAAAAGGGUCCAAUUUAAGUGGUGCUGAGCAGAGGAGAGAGGAAUCAGCACAGGAGGAACAAGAGGGAUCCGUAGGAGGCUCAGAUGCCACGGAUCCCAGUAAGACGCAACCCAGGGGAAUUUUAAAACGUUCUCCGGUCAAGUCGGCCCCACAUUCCAGGACAGUGUUUUCCAGAGGACAAACUGGAACGACUAGUGCCCCCAAAGUGGGCAGUCACGAGGUGAAAGACAGCAUUGAACUGAAUAGGGAACAUAUACAACAGCAAAAACAGGAGAAAAAGCACAAGAGGAAGAAAUCAGUGAGGUUUGCUGACCUGGCCUACGAGGAUGAGGACAGUGGUGAGGACAGCCAGGAGGAGGCCAUUGAGGAGACAGUGUACAGGGCCAAACCUGGCGAGAAACAGAAACAGGAGGAGCAAGCCAAAAUAGUCAAAACCAUUCCACAGACAGACAAGAAACCUCCCAUAGCAAGAGCAGUAUCUGCUAAGACCACUCCUACGGCCACCUCUCAGAAGACAGUGGUCACUGCUCGGUCAAUCAGUGCAGGCGUGGUCAGACGAGGUGGCCACAUACAGCCUAAGCCAGCCUUCACACCCACGGCGACUAGUCAGAGAACUGUGUACUCUAACAGGAGUGACCCCUCCUCAAACACCACCAGUGUCCAGCAUCAAAGUCCAGCUGUGAUGACCUAUACAAAUGCUACAGUGUAUGAGCAAAAUAAGCAGUCCGGAAAACCCACACCAGGUGGUGCUGUUACAGUACACACAGCCGGUGCCAGUUAUACUCCGCCUUCCACUAACACAUAUACCAGUAAACCUUCUGCCGGUGCUCCAGUAGUUAGUCAGAACAAUGGGGGGAAUGGGGAUCAUAAACCUAAAUACCCCGAACCUACCUACGAUGCAAAUGGAUUAAGAUUGGACCGAACUCCCACCGAUGAUGAAAUCAACUGGUUAUGGGAGAAGGUUCGAACGUGCCUGAAUAGGGACUCGAAAAGCUCAGGGACAACUGAUAGUGGGGUACCACCUUCUAUGAACUCAGAAAAUUCUACAGUUGCCACUUAUAGACAAACUGCCCCUGUUUCUCAAAAACUCAUCGAUGGGACGAGUUUACUCGGUGGUGGGACUCCCAGCACCAUAGCAACUUCAAGACCACAAAAAGUCACCAAAAUCACAGCUCAAAUGAUUAAGGAUGGAAGUACUGUUGAUCAGAAUUUUGCGAGAAGACGCACAGGAAGUGAUGGUGGUUUUGGAAAUCGAACGACUUUGUUGCAACAGAGAAAGCAGCAGGCGGCAGCAGGAAAUCAGUAUAAACAUUUACAGCAGGGAGGGGCUCCCCUGCAGUACGUGGUGUAUCAGCACCCUGUCCCCAGUCAUCAACCACCUACUGCUGUGAAUGGUGCUGGCCAAGGUCAGGAUGUAAGUGAAAGUAUGGCAGCCUUCCUGACAGGGGAGGCCCUGAGCAACCACCAGUCUAUGUCUGAAUCAGAUAUCCACCAUGCUAUGGAGCUAGCACAGCAGAGACAGCAAGUGGCCAAUGCUGCCAGGCCAGCACAGAAAGUACCCACUGCUCUUUCUAUUGAAGAACAAAGACUCCUACAGUCUCUUGACAGGUUAAAUGAAAGAUUAAGAGUGGUAACAGAUAAUAGCACAAGUCCUGCAUCCCAGCAGAAGCAACCUAACCCGACAGAAGAAGAACAAGUAACACCUAUUCCAUCCGAAUGGUUCUCGAGGCCAGCACCCUUCUUCAGCACUACACAGAAAAACGGCAUCAGAUAGUGUGCGAGGAAAGACACACUUCAACGCAGCAACUGGGAGACUUUACCGGUUCUAUUAACUGUCUCUGUUUAUGUUAAGGGCAUGCUUUAACUGAAAUUCAGUCACAUAUUUAAUGCUGCACUUGAAAUUCUGUUGCUGAGCUCUGGAUUACAGAGCAGGCAUUCUAUAAGAAGUGUGGGUGUUAUUUACGUACUUCGAUGCUGUCACAGGGUUAUUCUUAGAAAUCUAGACUUCUUAAAAAGCCCAGAGAAAAAGAAACUGAGUGGUUUCAGGAAAUGAAACUGCUGGAUUAAUUCUUGUCCUUGCAAUGAAUUAACACUGUAAGGGUUCAACUGCUUAAAAGGCAUGUGUAAGGAGAAAUUAGUGUCAUUUUUUAAUCUUCUGCUAGGAUAUUGGCAACUUUCUUAAGCUCUGACUUGUUGAGAAAGCAAUGCCUAUCUUCUGCCUCUAGCAGAAAUAUGUACCAUUUACUUAUAUCAUCAUCUGAGCUGAGCAAGUCUUCCCAAUAUGUGGUUAGAAUUUCUGAAAAAGUCAUGGGACCUUUAAAAUUACUGUAAGAUAAGGAACACAUAUAAGAAGUAUAGAAAGUUGCCAAUGUUAAGUCAUAAGACUUCAGACUGGUGGAGACUUGGGUGUGCAAUAUGGUUUUACAUAUAUGCACCCUAUACAAUACUUUCCUAUGAUAUGGUAUAUAUUGUAGUUUCUGCAACUCUGUCUAGCUGGCUAGAACGAGGAGAAACUUUCAAUUACUCUGAAAGAUAGCUACAGAUGUACAUCAACCUUUAUCAGCAUGCUGUAAUCAAGGCAUUGUUCAGUGUUACACUUUGCUGUUGUUCUGUUGUCUGCAUAUGUAUGUGUGUAUUUAUAUGCAAAUAAGGCUGGCUUCCUUUUGUGUUGCUACGGUAACUGUUCAGGCAUCCAAAUAUUCAGUUGCAGAAUGAGUUGCCAUGGAUAUAUCUUCAGGGUAAUCUACCUGAGAUUCGGAGACAAAAGUUGGAUAAUAUUAUGAAUAUCUCUAAGUUAUGCAGCCUGAAUUUGUACUUGAUUUAAAUGCCAUAUCAUACAUUUUGAUAUGUUAUGAAUUGUUCGUCCUUUGCAGUGCAGAGAGCAUGCGAAGCAUCAAUGUAAAUUAUAGCUUCCAGUGAAAAUUUGUGCAAUUACAAUUAGCUGUUGCUCAUCCCACCAAUUUAGUGCUACUUGCAAAUGACAUUACAGAAUGUUAGAAAGUAUGUCACUAUACUAUUUUUUUCUUGUCAAGUUAAGUCAUUUGGAUUUAUGUUGUAAUUGA